AUGAGUGGCAACGGCGAGCUGAAGAACGUCCCCACGAUCAAGGCAUACAAGAACCCGGACUUCUUGGGCGCCGCAACCUCUCGCCAUGUCCGAAUAAUGUGUGAGCUCUACGAACCCAUGCAGCGCUUGGACAAGCAUGACAUUAGCAACUAUUUCAUCAUAGUCGGGUCGCACUUGGUGAUGCAGCCAGAGGAUCGCAAAAAGCACAUCUCCGGCCUCGAGCAGCAGAUCAAGAAGCUGACGGCCGAAGAAGAGGUCGAAGCGUUGCAGGCCAAGCUACGAUUUGCCCAGAAGAUGCAAGCGAUGGACAAGUAUUACGUGAUGGCCAUGGAGCUUGGAAAGAAGCUUGGUGAAUGGAAUCGGCAGCGCGCCGCCAAAGGACUGCCGUCUUAUCAUGUCAGCACCGGUGGCGGUCCUGGCAUCAUGGAGGCGGCAAACCGCGGCGCGUACGAAGCAGGAGACAAGACACUCGGCUUCGGAGCCAGCCGGCCAGAGUGGGGCUCCUUGAACAAGUACGUUUCGGAGGAGGGGGCCUUCGAAUUCCACUACUUCUUCAUGCGGAAAUUCUGGAUGGCCUACAAGUGCAUGGGCCUCGUGGUUUGUCCGGGAGGCUUUGGGUCGCUUGACGAACUGUUCGAGAUGCUCGUGCUCCUGCAAACAAAGAAGAUCUCUCACCCUCUGCCGAUCAUUCUCCUGGGCGAAGAGCACUGGAAGAAAGCAAUAAACUUCAACUAUCUGCUCGAGUGCGGCAUGCUAACGCAGUCGCAUCUGGACAUGCUGGUCUUCAAGAACAGUGCAGAGGACGCUUUCCAGUACCUGGUCGAGUCUGUUCGAAGAGCAGAGGAGUCGGGCGAAACCGAGCAGGUCGAGACGGCAAAGCGCAGAAGACUGGAAGGCAAGCCGAGCACCCCUUCUCGCAAAGACAGAAGUUGA